AAUUCAUAAAAAAAAAAGGAAAAAAAAAAAUGGCAGAAUACACCACAAGAGAUAUAAUCGCUAUGAUCUUUGCAUUUUUCUUACCACCAGUUGGUGUAGGACUUGUAAGAGGAUGUCAUGGGGAUUUAUUUAUUAAUAUUGGACUGACCAUCCUAGGUUUUAUACCAGGAAUUGCUCACGCACUUUAUAUCAUUUACAAGCACCGUAUACACUAAUUAAUAAUCCUAUACGA